AUGGCAAGUUUAAUUAUUGAAAACAUUGUAGUUGCAGGUGACUUCAACAUACACGUAGAAACUUCGUCAGAUAUAUAUGCAACAGCCCUUGCUGAUAUUUUUUCUAGUUUUGAUCUAGUCAAUAGAAUUAAUCAGUCUACCCAUGUGCUUGGUGGUACCCUGGAUUUGAUUGUCACAUCGGAUGGUUUUUUGUUAGAAGAUAUAUUGGUGUACUCAUCUGGUAUCUAUUCAGAUCAUGGUUUAGUAACUGGUCAAUUUUUAAUCAAUCCGACUCCAGUCAUUUUCAAGAAAUCGUGGAUCAGAUCCCGGAAACAAGUUGAUAAAAAACGUCUGACUGAGCUUUUGAGGUGCUCACCUAUCUCGAAACAUUAUGUUGCUCCACUUCAUGAAGUUCGAUGGAAACAUGUCCCGACUGCCCCAUGGUUUGACAGUGACUGCAAAAAGGCUAAGCAAAUGUGUCGAAAAAAAAGAAGGUUCAGAACUACUGGUUGUUAUAAUGAUAAAGUUGAUUGGGUACUGGCAAUGAAACAAAAGAAUGUUAGUUACUCAGUGUAA